GGAGCAUGUGUUGUCGCCCCUCGGUGCAUGAACGUGCCACCCAUGGUUUCUGCUUAUGUAUUUGACUUUAGUUUAGUACAGCUAGGCUAGAAGAAAACAACAUAUUUUUAGUGCAUGGUAGUACUCCCUCUGUAAAUAACUAAAUAACCCUAUAUUUUGAUGAAGUUCAGCGGAGCUAAUUUGUUUCAAAAUUGUGAUUACUAUAGCCAUUCUAAUGUCGGAGAGUCUACUGGUCAUGGUCGAUCAAUAAUUCAAUAUACAAUCUAACGACUACACGUAUGGAUCCUUGUGAAGAACUAUGAAGACGGCAUACUACUCCUGCUGGUACAGAAUCUACAAAAGCUCCUUCCGAUCACAUCUCCACUAACCUCUCUCUCACUCUCUCCUCCAUUUGGAAACUAGUCACCAGAUCCAGGUCUUCUGAGUUUUGAGCCCUCAUUCCUCUCAUAAACCAACGAUCUACCUAAAGAUAGCCAAGCUUCCUGGGCUGCCAUCCAUGGGUGCCUCCACACCUCGCCACCAUUCCAGCUCCUGGCGCCAGAAGCUUCCACGCCUCACCAAGAAGAUCCUCACAUUGUCGCUCUACGCCCUCGUCCCCCUCGCCGUCCUCCACUACCUCCUCUCCCCUCCCCCCAUCGCCGUCCCCUCCUCCACCUCCACCUCGCCGCCCCACGGUGGGAAUAAGCAGCAGGGCGCUGCCGGUGCGGCGUCAAGAAAGCAGGGGUCAACGGCACCGGCGCCGCGGUGCGACUACUCGGAGGGGCGAUGGGUGCGGGACGCGGCCGGGCCGCGGUACAACGGGACGAGCUGCGGCGCGACGAUCAAGGACGGGCAGAACUGCAUGGCGCACGGGCGACCGGACACGGGGUACCUGAAAUGGCGGUGGCAGCCGCGCGGGUGCGCGCUCCCGCCGUUCGCGCCAGCGGAGUUCCUGGAGCAGGUGCGCGGCCGGCACGUCGCGUUCGUCGGGGACUCGCUCGCGCGGAACCAGUGCGAGUCGCUGGUGUGUCUCCUCGGCUCCGAGUUCCCCGCCGAGCUGGUCCUCGACGGCGGCGAGGAGCGCAAGUUCCGGCGGUGGGCGUUCAGGUCCCACAACGCGACGGUGUCGGUGUUCUGGUCGCCGUUCCUGGUGAACGGCACGGAGAAGUCGUCGGCGCCUGGCGGGCCCGACCACAACAAGCUGUACCUCGACCAGCCGGACGAGCGGUGGGCCGCGGAGCUCCCGGGCAUCGACGUGGUGGUGCUCUCCAUCGGGCACUGGUUCAUGCACCCAGCCAUGUACUACGAGCGCGGCGCGGUGAUCGGGUGCCACCACUGCCCGGAGCCGAACCGCACGGACACGGGCUUCUUCGGCGUGUUCCGCCUCGCCGUCAAGAACGCGCUCCGCGAGGUCAUCGCCCGGGCCAGCCCCAGCCCUGGUCGGGCGAAGCUGGCGGUGGUGGCCACGUUCUCGCCGGCGCACUUCGUCGGGGAGUGGGACAGCCCGGACGCGUGCGCGCGCACGGAGCCGUACGCGCCGGGGGAGAAGGAGAUGCUGUACAUGGACAGAGAGAUGUGGCGGACGGAGGCGGAGGAGGCCGCGACAGCGGCAGCGGAGGCCACGGUGCGCGGGUCGGCGGUGACGGUGGAGGCGCUCGAGGUGACGAAGCUGGCGGACAUGCGCGCCGACGGGCACCCGGGCUCGUACAUGUACGCGUCCCCGUUCGCCGGCGCCGGCGGCGAGAAGAAGAGGGAGCGGGUGCCGAACGACUGCGUGCACUGGUGCCUCCCUGGCCCCAUCGACACGUGGAACGAGAUCCUGCUGCAGAUGGUCAAGCGAUGGAGCGACGCCUCCUCGUCGUCCGCCAGAUGAUACCACUGAAUCUGAAACCCGACCGUAGUUUCGAACUACAGAAGUAGCCACUCUUCAUACAUUCGGAAAAGUGAAACGAAAGAAAGAAAAAAAAUCGCAUAUAUUUGUUGAAAUUCGUACGAAAA